AUGUCGGACCUCAAGUACUCGGGCAACCCACAGUUGGAGCACUUACAUGCACGAUAUACAGGCACGAUUCAUCCCGACAUAACGAAGCACGAAUGGGCGACGCACCAACACCGCGACACGGCCGCUGCGAUAGUGGCGCACAGCCCUCUCCUGAACUAUAUGGCUGUGGCCGACGGCGAGUCGCGCGCACGCACCAAGUUUCGCUUGUGCGAACAGAUGAUCCAGCCAUGUGGACCACCACCCAAACAGCAGGAAAUGAUGUAA